AGUCGCAUCUCUUUAAUCAAAAACCGAAGCUUUGUUGGUCUGGAUGAGAAGAUCAUGGCCUUCUUGUUCACGGUGAAGUCUGAGUUGUGCGAAAAGCCGAUCAUCGUCAAGAUCAACGACGUGCGAUUCGUCGGUUUUCCGACGCUUCUUCGACAAUGCCAGCAAAAGGAGAAGCUAAACUUGGAACUAAACAUCUUACGAUACAACAUCCUGUUCGUUCUGAAGGCAAGCGCUUCCAGUUCAGCAGUAAAAUGUUUCGCAGAACUGAGCAAACUAUUAUCGAUCGCCAUCAGACAUGAAGAGUACCGUUGUCAUUAUCUUUCUCAACAAGCGAAGAUAAUCAUGGACUGCUUUGAAGAAGCCCUCAGUCUGCCUGAAUCUUGUGCCGAAUCGCCCUACCACGUUGCGCUACAGAAAUCAGAUUUGGCUCAGACUCUGCAGCAGGCGUUCACAGAAGUGUUCAACUACGGCUUCGUCAGCGUCUACAUAAACCGCUGGAUAAAGAUCAGUUUCUGCCUGCAAGAGAAUCUUAUGGACACUGUAAGCUGUAAGACACCGAAGAUGCAGCGUUUCCUUGACAGCAUGAGGCCUUAUCAUACGUUUUUCCUGUUGGAAGACCAAGCGGCCAUAAUUUCUGCUCUUCCGUUGGACACUUCUCCGGCAUUGUUGCGCCUAAUCGACGUCUACAACCCACUGAAGAGUCUUCAAACAUUGGCUUAUGACGCGGACGUUGCUUUAAAACAAGUGUUUCGUCUCGUGCAGCAUUUGGUCUGUUGGGGUAAGGCGAUGGUGACUUAUCCACUCUGUGAAACCAAUGUUUACUGUGUAGCGCCGUCAGUGGAGAUCAGUCCAGCAAUCGCAACGGAAUUUGCAAAGAUUUUUCCCGGUCAUCAUUUACUGAGUGUGUUGAGCGAAUUUUCUCAACCCACUUCAUUGAUGGAGUUUAUCCAAGCAAUGUCCAUUGAACAGAGCAUUGAUCAAGCGAACUUUAUCAAGAUGGUCAUGUACUUGCUCAAGCACUGCCUGAUCAUCCACUUACAGACAUACGUUUUUCUGUACAUUGAACCUGGCGUUGCCACCGUCUGCUCAAAUUCUGACGACCCCUAUCAAGUUCUGGCCGGUCACCCAGAAGAGAGCUUUAUCAUAAGCUCCUUAGUAAAACAUCUGCGGAACCAGGAAGAAAUUUGUACUGUUCUGCAACACCCGGCAUCUGCAUCGUUGGACAAUUUAAAGUCUUUCGCAAAAUUAUUGCCAUACUUUGAUGGACGCUAUCAUCUUGAGGAGAUUAUGUACUUCGAGAACAUGCGACGAUGCGAAUUGCUGAGGAUAAUCUCCAGUUACCAGAGUAUUUUGUACACUUGCAGUCAUGAGGACGACUUGUCCACGUUGUUCAUGCCAAAAGCAUGUUUGACAAGUGACGGUUUCGCUGAAUAA